CCAAGUCGAACUGGAGACGAAUGGCUUUCCUUUCGAAGACAAGAGCCCAACAGCUCCAAGGGGUCGGGCCAAAAUCAUUUAUCCUAAGGAUAAGUUAGACAUAUGGGAAAGUUGUGCUGAAAACGAGCGAAUGUGCUGUAGAUGCUUCAACAAGUUUGUUGUGGACAAGUUUGGUACAGCAGUUUCUUUGGGGCCCUGCAUCUACCAUUGGGGAAAGCCUGUCAGGCAAAAAUCCUUCGGUUCUGGCUUUGAGCUGUUAUAUUCUUGCUGCCAGGCAGAUCUUGGCCAAACCGGCUGCCAGAUUUGUCCAGCUGGACACGUUCAUGAUUCAAACAAACGACUCGAUUUAGACGGCUUCAUCACCAUGCUGCCGGCUCUGCCAGUUGACCCAACAUCCUCCAUAUGCAAUGUAUAUGCCGUCGACUGUGAGAUGGUUUAUACUACCGCCGGCUUCGAGUUGGCGAGAGUUACUGUGGUCGAUUCGCAUCUGAGAAGUGUAAUCGACAGGAUUGUAAAGCCAGACAAUCCAAUAGUAGAUUGCAACUCGCGGUUUUCCGGGCUUCAAGCAGAGAACUUGAUCAACUCGGAGAUACGAUUGACUGACAUUCAGAUGGAAUUGCUCCAACUUUGGGAUGACGAAACUAUUCUGAUCGGCCAUAGUCUCGAGAAUGAUCUUUUUGCUCUCAAGGUACUUGGUUUAUUCUCAAAAAUUUACUCAUAA